UUCAACCCAUCUGUCAGAAGUAGUACCCAGUCGAUGCAUGCGUCCCAGUGGCAGGAAACCAGUUCUUCACCUCCUCUCCUUUGUGUUUGUGCAGAAGAAGGUGAGUUACCUACAGCGGAGCAUCGGUACCAGUCAGGAUGAUUCUGGCCAAACUGAAAGACGUGGGGAAGCAGCUCCUGCGGGUGAAGGUGGUCGACUGUAACGCCGAGGACUCCCGCUUGUGUCGAUGCCUCAACACAUUCGACCUGGUCGCCCUCGGGGUCGGCAGCACGCUGGGGGCCGGCGUCUACGUGCUCGCCGGCGCCGUGGCCCGAAUCAGCUCCGGACCUGCCAUCAUCCUCUCCUUCCUCAUCGCCGCCCUGGCGUCCGUCCUCGCCGGCCUGUGCUACGCCGAGUUCGGGGCCCGUGUCCCCAAAACCGGCUCGGCCUACCUGUACAGCUACGUGACCGUGGGAGAACUGUGGGCCUUCAUCACGGGCUGGAACCUCAUCCUCUCUUACAUCAUCGGAACGUCAAGCGUGGCCAGAGCGUGGAGCGCGACCUUUGACGAGCUGAUUGGACGGCACAUUGAGAUAUUCUGCAGACAAUACAUGCCCAUCAAUGCCCCGGGCUAUCUGGCAGAAUAUCCCGACAUAUUUGCCGUCUUCAUCAUCAUUAUUCUGACGGGACUGCUUGUAUUCGGAGUGAAGGAGUCGGCCAUUGUAAAUAAAGUGUUCACCUGCAUCAACGUGCUGGUGCUGCUGUUUGUGGUCAUCUCCGGCAUGGUGAAGGGAAACCUGGACAACUGGAACGUGAACCCUGAGAAGAUCCUCAACUUCACCAGAAACUCCAGCCUCAACAUGACUGAUUUGCCAACAAAAGAAUCCCUUGGUGAGGGCGGGUUUAUGCCGUUUGGCUUCUCCGGAGUCCUCUCCGGUGCGGCCACGUGUUUUUAUGCCUUCAUCGGGUUUGACUGCAUCGCCACAACAGGAGAGGAGGUGAAGAACCCCCAGAGGGCCAUCCCGGUCGGGAUCGUGGCCUCGCUGCUCAUCUGUUUCGUGGCGUACUUCGCCGUGUCGGCUGCGCUCACCGUGAUGAUGCCGUACUACCUGCUGGACAAGAACAGCCCUCUGCCCGUGGCCUUUAAGUACGUGGGCUGGGAGGGAGCCACCUACGCUGUGGCCAUCGGCUCUCUGUGCGCCCUGUCCACCAGUUUACUAGGCUCCAUGUUCCCAAUGCCCCGAGUGAUCUGGGCCAUGGCGGAAGACGGGCUGCUCUUCAAGUGUUUGGCUAAAAUCAGCAAACGAACCAAAACCCCUCUAACAGCUACAAUAACAUCGGGUGUUGUGGCAGCUGUGAUGGCGUUCCUGUUUGACCUGAAGGACCUGGUUGACCUGAUGUCCAUCGGCACCUUGCUGGCUUACACCCUGGUGGCUGCCUGUGUGCUGGUCCUCAGGUACCAGCCCGUGCAGCCCAGUGCGUCCUACGAGAUGGCGAACACUCAGGAGGAGCCGGACCUCGGCGAGUCGUGCAGCAACAUCGACAUGCUGCCCCCCCCAUCUGAUCGCCUCACCAUCAGGAACCUGCUCUGCCCCUCAAACACAGAACCUUCCCGACUGUCUGGCUCCAUCGUGAAUGUUUCCACCAGUAUUCUCGGUGUGUUGGUGUUUGUCUUCAGUAUUGUAGCGGUUCAUGGAGGGAUGGCGCCCUGGUCACUGGCCAUCCUCACCAUCGUCACGGUGAUCUGUCUGCUCCUCUGCGGCAUCGUGUGCCGACAACCUCAGAGCAAAACCAAGCUCGCCUUCACGGUUCCCCUGCUGCCGUUCCUCCCAGUCAUCAGUAUGUUUAUUAACGUUUACUUGAUGAUGCAGCUCGACAGAGGAACCUGGCUGCGUUUUGCUAUCUGGAUGGCUUUAGGUUUUGGUAUCUACUUUGGCUACGGCAUUCGAAACAGCGCAGAGGCCACGUCCAACAAGUCCGGCCCCUACAAGCCGGCCUGCACCAUGAAGGGCGAGCCCAUGACCAAGGAGAAGAUGGCCUUCCUGCCUGACGGCCAGAGCGCCGCCGCAGACGACGAAGAUGAAGACGACGACGACGAUUGAGGAAACAGGAGGUUCCCUAAUCGACUCUGUUCUGCGUAUCAAAAACAAUGAUGUGUGUCAGAAAUCGCUGUAAAUACGUCUGGAGACUCGUGUGAACCCGUCACUCAGAGCAUCUAAUUUGGCUGUUUGACUCAGUAAAAGACGAGAUGACUAUCUGGAAACUAAGACUUUAAGUCCCAAAAAUAUUUUUUUAUAGAUAAAAUGGGAUUUUUAUGUUUUAACAAUUUUGAUAUGAUCAAUUUUUACUGAGCACAAAUGAAGCUGUGGAUAGGAACCAGAGCAAAAGUUCAAUACGGGCCGUACACAUGUGUAUUGGUAACGUUUAUUUUGGUUCCUUCAUCUACAGGUUAAAGUUUAUUACGAUUGUUAUUUUUUCUUUUUUUUUAAAGUUCUAUUUGAGCUUGACCUUUUUGAGAGUUCAGUAUCUGUUACUUUCCUGAUGAGGAACGAUGCUGAACAAUGAACA